AUGAAUCGCCUGGGGCCGCCGCUUAUGCACCGUUUGGACCAACUCUUGGAGUUCAUAGACUUCAACAGCAGCAUCGAACUAGACUACCUCCAGAUUGUCCAAUGCCUUGAGGGAAUGCGCCAGCGAUGCUGCCAGCUGAACCAUGAGUUGCAGGGAGCAAGGGAGCAGCUGCGCCAGUCAGAGUUUGAGCGUUCGGUGCUGGAGGUAAAGCUGAAGCAUGCCCGCAACCAGGUGGAAGUGGAGAUGAAGAAAAGGCACUUGGCAGAGGCUGAGCUGGAAAAGCAGGAGCGCAAGCUGCAGCUUAUCUAUGACUACCUGAUGGCUGAUCCUCAAAGCAGCCCUCUCAAUGAGCAGCAGCAGUUGGCCCUGUCUGUUUUCAGCAGGCCCGGUUUCAGCCGCAGCAGCCUGCUGCCGGGCAAACGGUUGUCUGCAAUGGAAGAACUUGGCACCUCAGUCAUUUCUGACAUCAGUUUUGACCAUUCAGAUGAUGAAGUGGAUCUGGAUAUGAUAAAACCCACCAGAGGCAGAGGGAGAUCCUCCCUGGCACCCCUGAUCCAGCCAGUGGUAGCAGCCAAGCGUGCACGGCCCUCCCUGGCAACUACUCCCAGUAAUUUGCCUAAUCCACCUCAAGGCACAUGGCUUCUCAUGCCAUCCAAACCAGAACUCACGACCAUCUGGGGCAGCACUGAAGAGUCAGGCAGUGGUGGCAGCCGGAGUGAGAGUGACCCUGUUGGCCCAGGGGCUGGGCCUGAGUCAGGCGGUGUCCUGGAUCCAUUCUCUUCCUCUUCCCCACAGGAAACACCACCAGCCCAGCAACACCACUUUACUUCCAAGACAGUAAUCCGCCCGGAGUGUUGCUCACUGUGCAAGUCCCGCCUGCGCUUUGGGAAGGUGGCCCUGAAAUGCCGGCCCUGCCAGCUUCUAGUGCACCCAGAGUGCAGAGAGCGCUGCCCGUCAGUGUGCGUGCCAGGCGCCCGCCCUCACGUGAAAGAGGGUGUUCUGGCAGAUUUUGCACCCUCCACACCACCUCUGGUGCCCCCCAUAGUGAUUCAGUGUGUGAGCCAAGUGGAAAAGCGUGGCCUGCUGGAGACUGGCCUGUACAGAGUGCCAGGUGCGGAACACCUCGUGCGUGAAUGGAAAAACAAGCUGCUUUGUGCCCGAAGAGCCGUUCCCUCCCUCGAUCACGUGGCUGAUGUGAAUGUGAUCUGUGGCGUCCUGAAGGACUUCCUGAGGAGCCUGAAGGAGCCCUUAGUUACCUUCUGCCUGCACUCUGCCUUCCUGCGUGCUGCAGAAAUUCCGGAUGAAUCUGCCCGCCACACCGCGCUCUGCCAUGCUGUGAUGAAGCUGCCUCAAGCAAACAGAGACACACUGGCUUUUCUCAUGCUCCACCUACAUAGGGUCAUGCAGAGCCCUCAGUGUCGAAUGGACAGGCAUAACUUGGCACGGAUCUUUGGACCAACACUAGUGGGGCACGGUACACCCAACCCCACACCGCUCGCCAUCAUGGAGGAUACACCACGCCAAUGCCUGGUGGUUUCCCAUCUCUUGGCAUUGCCCCUGAAAUUCUGGAGACGUUUUGUGGGAGAAGAGCAGGAAAACCUAGUGCCAUCAGCGCAAAAACCUAAUGUAACAUAUGAGCAAGAGCGUCUCUUCCAUCCUCUUUCUCCCCCUGAAAUCUAUGCCAUCCGGAUGAGCCCAGGAAGUGGCUGCCUCCCAAAUAAGCUGCGGGACUGCAUUGGUACUGCCACCUUCCCACCUUCGUGA